GGUUCAUGAGAAUGUAGCGUUAAUUACGCUAUUUGCAAGUUUCCUGACGUUGGUCACGGACGUAUGUCGUUAUCUUGUGAAGUGGUUCGUCGUCAUGGAGCACCUGGAGAACUGCCGUGAUGGCACAGGCAAGGAGGGGUCCAGCCGCUCCACUACUCCUGACGGGCAUAUCGACUCUCCAGAGAUGGACCGCAACCCUUCACCUCCUCCUGAUGGAGAUGGGUCAGAGGGAGAAGACGCUAUAGGGGAGACAGUUUACAGCAAACACUGGCUCUUCAGCGUGCUGACACGUCUCAUUGAGGUGGUGAAAGGGCAGCCGGAUGAAGAUGGAGGUCAAAUGGAGCUGUCAGAGGAGCAGGAAGAUGAACUGUGUAAAGUCUGGGACAUGGCCAUGGAUGAGGAUGUGGCUGGCUUCCUGCAGGAGUUCAAAGCUCCAGACAUUUUACUGGGAGUGAUGGCGAAAUCCUGCUGUCCACGACUAACUGAAAUCUGUGUUGGUAUUCUGGGUAAUAUGGCCUGUUUUCCUGACACCUGCCUGUCUUUGAGUCAGAAUUCAGACCUAUGUGAUGUUUUGCUGUUGCUUCUAGGUGAUAAUGAUCCUCCUACACUGCUGGAAACAUGCAGACUGCUGCUUACCUGUAUUUCUCAACCCAAUGUCGCCUCCCUGUGGCUGGACAGGAUACGGCAGCAGGCGCCUGUUUGCUCCAACCUGUGCUUCAUCAUGUGCAGUUCCACUAAUGUGGAUUUGCUGUUGAAGGUGGGAGAGCUGGUGGAUAAGCUGAUGGAUGAAGAUGAGGAGUUGAUGAAAGGUUGGCUGCGGACGCUGCCCAGUGAGACUGAGCGUGUUGGGGACACGCCUCAGGGCAUUGCCUCAGCUCUGCUGGAGGCCGCCAAGCAGCUUAGGUGUGAGAGUCCUGAGGGUCUGGAAGUGUACCUACAUGCUCUCCAGCUACUAACCACUGUGGAUGAGGGUGUUCACAGUCUGGUGUCUGAUGGAGGCUGUGGUACUGCUCUGUGGACGUUUGUCUCUGAGGUGGUUUGUGAUGACCUGUGUCAGCCUGACGAUCCCCCACUAAUCCUGCAUGAACAGAAAGGUCUUCUGGCCCCGGCCCUGGCCUUGCUCUCAGCCUUAUACAGCUGUCUGCAGUGCCACAUCAGUCUGUCUUUGGUGGGGAGUGUUUUACGCAUUUUGCAGUACCACACAGAGUGCGUGCAGUGCCGGACAGAACAACAGACAGACUCGGACAGAGAGAAGGAGGAAGCGAGGGAUGAGCAGAGGGAGGCGGCAGAGACAGACGUCCAGCUGCAGGCACUGGAGGAGAGCGCUGCAGAGUUUCUCUCCAGCAUCCUUACAGAUCUGUCCAAGGAUGUCAUGUCAGACCUGGUGAAGAAAGGGCUUCUGACGGAGAGGAACUGUCUAACUGCCGCUAAAACCCUGAUCCCUCAGCACAGCUCAGCGAUGAAACACUGGUUAUCCAUGUUGUCCGAGUCAGAGCCUAAUCUGGCAGAUGUUGUCAGGAAAGAGUGCUCCCUCCCAGCUGAACCAAACCAGACGGAUCCAAACUGAGCUGAUCCAAGCCGAGAGAACCUACAUAAGGGGCUGCUGGGAGUACACUGUCACAACACGACUGUGUGUGUGUGUCUGCAUGUGCACUGGUUUCAGUCCUGUGCUUCAGAACAAAGGACACGUUUUGUACAGUCUGUUCUCUGUUUUUCUUCUCUGUGUGCUAGUGACGUGGCUGAAACUGUACAGCACACUCAUGCUUUCAGAGGACAGGGUAUUGUAAUUCUGAACAGCCUGUGUAGGAUCUCAGUUUAAAACACAGCUUUUGUAUCAGGUGUUUUCUAAAGACCUUUUUUUAUUCUUUAAUAGUGUAAAAAUGGUCCGAAAUGACCAUAGUGACCAUUUAAUUUCAGCUCAUUAUGCGCUGUGUGUGUGUGUGUGUGUGUGUGUGAGAGAUGUGCAUAUUUGUGACCAGGCUUAAAGCACAUCUGUAUUCAUACUUGUAAAAACAUGGAUAUUUCUCCUGGCACACGUGAGUGCAUAUGAUGUUUUGUUUUGAUUUCAAUAGCACCCAUACCACAGGGAACCGUAAGUGAGGAAAUGUGUUUUAAUGGUUACAUGAGGUUGUACAUCAUAACACAGUCUGGUGAUGAUCAGAUAGUUCAGUCUUACGUGUUCUCGGACAGAUGAAUUUUUUGUAGCUGAUUUAAAAAUAUGGUUGUUUUUGGAAACACACAAUAAGUAGUAUUUAGU